AUGGCCUCUGGUACCGCUGACAAGUCGAAGCCCUACGUCCCGCUUGCCGGCCUCGCCGGGGACGGUUGGUACAAGGACGGCAAGGCGACAGCCACCUGCUACUGUGGCACGGUGCAGCUCAUUGUAUCCCUCGACGGCGUCGUCAACACCUUUGUCUGCAACUGCGCCGACUGCCGCAAGAUCACCGCGUCCAUGUUCGCCAGCAACUUCACCGUCAAGAACUCCCACUUUGAGUACGCGCGCGGGAAGGACCGUCUCAAGACGUUUAGCCAGUCCCAGACGAUCGCUUCGGGCAAGGCGAUGACCAACUACUUCUGCGAGAACUGCGGUACGCUCAUGUACCGUGUUGGCGAGCGCUUUCCUGGAGUGAGCAUCCUGCGCAUUGGCACUGUUGACGACUUUUCGUUGCAUGAGACCAGGCUUCGGCCACGACAGGAGCAUUGGACUAAGGACCGUGUCUGCUGGUUUACGGGAGUCCAGGGGAUAGAGGAGACUUUUGAGGUUCAGGGGCGAGGGGGAAGAAACGGAGGCAUCAGCAAUCUUUAA